AUGAGUUCCACUACAUCCAGAUCAGCCGGUGAGGCGACUGCCACACCUCCAGUAUUUUCUUAUGCCCAGGCAGCGAAGGGUCGUACUGCCGUAACUACGAACUCAGGUGCUACCUCGAAUCAGGCAACAUCCGGAGUCAGCACGCCAGCUAAAACCUCGAAUUCAACGGUCAAUACCCCAUCAGUUGGAUCGGAGCGGGGCGAGCAAAGCGUAAAUGGCAGUAUUGAUAUUCCGACCAAGUCGGAACAGCCUGUCGAAGUAAAGUCUGAGGUUAUGGGGACAACACCCACGAAAUCAAGCUCGCGCCCUAGCUCACCCACUUUGGAAGUGGCAUCGAAUCCUGCGCUUCACACAGAGGAGAAGGAUGACUUCAUACUUGUUGGUGGUCAUGCGGCAGAAGCCUCGCGUGAGCGAAGCUCACAUACUGGUGGUGCCGACAAAGGUGCGGAGGUCACCGAGGGCAAGAGAGGAAAGAAGGGUAAGAAGCAAAAGAAUGCCGAGAAGGAAGCCCUCGAAAAGGAAAAGGCUGCGGAGGAAGCAAAACUACAGGAACAACUUGUUCCAGCUCCAUUACCUGCCGUGAACUUUUGGCUUCAGAGGAAGGAGGAAGCUGCCAAAACCAAACCCAAUCCCGCUCCUACCUCAACCACACAAGCGCCUGCUGAAACCGUAUCUGGUGUAGACUCUCUAAAGAGUCCAGACACGAAGAGACGAAGCGGAAAACCAAACACGAGUGACGACUCGGAGAAGCCUACUGGGGGUAAUCAAAAUGGCACCACCAAGGAAUUGCCAAAUGGCACUAAAUCUCAGAAGAAGCCUAACGAAGCCUCAAGUAAACUGAGGGAUGACCAAGCUCCAAAGCGAGCUGGUCCGCGGGGUGGUAGAGUAGGCGAGAAAGAGGAAAAGUCUCCAGUCACACAAUUACCACCACCGGUCGAAGAUGCUACAUCUUGGCCUACACCCGAAACCGCAUUGGAGGAAGAGAAGCGCAAAGCUACUGAGAAGUCAGAGAAGGAAGAGAAGGAUGAUUCUACGUCAAACAAGCCACGGCCUAAAGAGAAAUGGCAGACACUACCGUAUGUCCCAUCUGUUGCAUUCAACACUCCUCUACCUUCCAGAGGAGGUAGAGGGCGAGGCGGUGCUCGUGGUGGUGCUCGCGCAGAAGGAGGCCGUACUACCAACACAAAUGCCAACGGCAUUGCCGGUGAAAAAGCGCCAAACGCUUCCACCAGUACUGCACCUGGGACUGAUGCGGAUAAGCGAUUGAGCAGAGGGGAUGCUCCAAGAGCUGCGUCUCUUCCGCCGAAUCAGAAGAGACCUUCGAGCGACCCUUCCAGUGCUAGGGAUCAGAGAAAACCAGCGUCUGUUGAGAAGUCAAGAGGUGGUAUGAACAGGGGGGGGUCAAGUGACGUUAGAAACACUCCGUAUGGAGAACAGGCUUCUGAAAUCGGUGCUGACCAAAACUAUGCCCGUGGGGACGGACGGACAAUGAAGCAAGAUCCAGCCGCAUCUCAAGAUGCGCAUGUUCACUCAAGAUCUAGUGCAGAGAGGCGAAGUGAACCAAAUGUUAGAUCUGGUUUUGAGCAAUCAACACGAACAGAAGGUCGACAAGAUCGUGGUCGUGGAGGGUUCCGAGGUCGUGGAAGCCACAAUUACCAGAAUGGCCAACAUCCUCCGCCGCAUCUCUACACAAACGGCCACACAAAUGGUUAUCCUGGACGACAAGGUUCUGGCCCUUAUAGCCCACCUCUACAAGGCCCACCAUACAAUAGCCAAUACACCAUGACCAACUCGCGAGGUGGCCGAGGCAAUCCACGCUCCCAGUCGAUACCAAAUCCUGCAGCGUAUUCACGCUUUUCAAAUGGCGGGCAAGGUCAACAUAUGCCUCCACCGCUACAGACUUCUAACAUGUAUGACUACACACAACCUUUGCAGUCAAUGAGCGCAGCACCUUUCAAUACUUACGUCGAUCAUGCUUCUGUAUUAGCCAUGGUCAAGAUGCAGUUGGAAUACUACUUCUCGAUUGACAAUCUUUGCAAAGAUGUAUUCUUAAGAAAGCACAUGGACAACCAGGGUUUUGUGUUCCUGAACUUUAUUGCCAGCUUCAAGCGCAUUCAAGCGUUGACCCAGGAUUUUGAGCUGCUUUACUAUGCCUGUCACGAGUCUGAGGUCAUCGAGCAGAUACGAGGCGAGGACGGUAUCGAUAGAAUGCGGAGAAAGGACGGGUGGGAGAAAUGGGUACUUCCAGUUGAAGAAAGAGAUGAAUCCGCCAGAAAUGCUGGACCUUCCACUCAUUGGAGACCUCCACCACAACACAUGAGGGGUCAGAUGAUCAUGUCUGGCAACCAUUCGAUGUCUCCCCCGCCAUUCUCUCCGAAUGGAAAUGAAGGUGGAUUUCGGCCUUAUGGAAAUGGUAGCCCUGCAACAGCGAACAUGAAUGGAAACGGUAAUGGCUAUCAUCCAGAGACUCCUCUGUCGGCGGCCGUGCCCGACUUUGCUCCUGGUCUUCUUCUGGUCAAUGGCUCGGGAGAUUCUGUCGAGACAUUUACUGACGAAGAGGUUGCGAAUUUGACACUUGUCUUCACUCCCGCAAAGGUUGCCGAUGACUCCAAACCUAAAGCACCAUAUCAUACAUCGGCAUCUAGAACCUUUUCCAAUGGUUCAAUCGAUGGUAGAUCGAUAGCAGAGGAGAUGAACGAUGAUGGCCGUCAGGGUCGCGCAUUGACCAAUGGCUCUCGAGCACCUGAAGCUUCCCCUGAGUCCCUCCGUCGUUCCAGGAGUCCGUUUACGCCACUCUCGCCGACAGCAUCGGCUCAUAGCAAUAGCCCACCUGUGAUGUGGGUGAAAGGUCAACGUCAACAGGCCCCAGUUUCUGAGUACCAAUCACGCGAACCAUAUUUCACGUUCCGUGCUCGUGCAUUGAAGCAUCGUGAGACCUCUGCCGCUGGGCAGACUCACUCGGAUAUGAAACUUUUGUACGAGUUUUGGUCGCAUUUCUUGUGUCGAAAUUUCAACACGACAAUGUAUACCGAGUUCCGCCAAUACGCCCUUGAAGAUGCACAAUCCCACGCCUUAAGUGGAAUGAAGAACUUGAUCUCUUAUUAUGACGAGAUGUUGAUCAGCAAGAAAAAGCCAAUCCCAGACACCUUGGCCGGUCAUUAUGUUGAUCUGGUGAAAGGAGAAAACUCUGGUGACAGACCGGCCUUUGAGCGUCUGCGUGCGGCUUGGCGGAACGGAGCUCUUGAUUUGAGGAGCCGAAAGAAGAUUGACAGCUUGGUCGAUCAGAAACUACGAGAAGAGCUUGAGCAAGCACCGAAGCAGAAACAGGAACUAUCUUGA